AUGAAGGACUACUCAUGUGACUCACAAGGAAGAAGAUGCACUCAACUCUGGUGUAGUCAACCAAUUCUCAAAGAUGUCAUCAAAGGUGAUAAAGAAGUUGUUAUCCAAGAUGUUCGAAACAUCAUGAGUAACAUAAUGGUAACUAAAGUCUCAUCUCAAAGGGAGGAUGAGCAAGUUGCUGAAGCAAAUGCCUUGGUCAUUGUGUUCAGACUAGAUGGCAAAAGGUUUCCCACAAAUAAUAAGGAAAGAAUGAUGAAUGGGAUAUGUUUGUACUACAGAAGUAUAGGUAUUCAAAAUAAGAUGUCAAUAAAAGUGUUGACAUUUGAAGAAGUGGUACAACUGUUGAAAGAAGUACGUGUAACUGAUUAG